CUGCGGGCUCGGGGCCAGCGCCCGGCGGCUGCCGGAGUCGCGGCGAGGCCGGGGCCGGGGCGAGGGCGGAGGGCGGAGGGUAGAAAUAGGGGCGGGCGGGCCGCGCCAGUCGGGAGUCGCGCGGAGCCGAUCGGAGCCACGCCGCGGGCGCCGAGCGCGGUGACCGACCCCCCCCCCCCCCCGAGCACCCAUGCUGCUAACGCUGGCCUUGGGCUCGCUCUUCUUCCCGGGGCUCUUCGCACUCUGCACCUGGGGGCUGCGGCGCGCGCGGCCCGCAUGGAGCGACUCCGACUGCGUGAUGAUCAGCACCAGGCUGGUUUCUUCAGUGCAGGCUGUGUUGGCCACCGGGUCAGGGAUCGUCAUCAUCCGCUCCUGUAGCGACGUGAUCACCGACAGGCACUGGCUUGCCCGAGAGUAUGUCUGGUUCUUGAUUCCAUACAUGAUCUACGACUCCUACGCCAUGUACCUCUGUGAGUGGUACCGAACCAGAGACCAGAACCACAGACACUCCCUCACCACUUUUCGGAACUUCCUAAGUAAAAACCGCCUCAUGAUCGCGCACCACGCGGUCAUUCUGUUUGCCCUGGUGCCAGUUGCCCAGAGGCUCAGGGGAGACCUCGGGGACUUCUUUGUCGGCUGCAUCUUCAUGGCAGAACUGAGCACUCCGUUCGUGUCCCUGGGCCGAGUUCUGAUUCAGCUGAAGCAGCAGCGCACCCUCCUGUACAAAGUGAACGGAAUCCUCACGCUGACCACCUUCCUUUCCUGCCGGAUCCUUCUUUUCCCGUUCAUGUACUGGUCGUACGGCCAGCAGCGGGGACUAAGCCUGCUCCAAGUGCCGUCCCGUAUCCCCUUCUACUGCAACGUGGCCAAUGCCGUCCUCGUCGCCCCCCAGAUCUACUGGUUCUCUCUGCUCUGCAAGAAGGCAGCCCGGCUCUUUGACCGCCCCCCGGACAACAAGGACGGCUAAGCGCUCCCGGGAGUCGGGCAGUGCAGGUGCCUCCUCCACUUGGUAGUCCCACGGACCACACUGUGCCCUGGGUGGCUCCAGCCUUUGGGUGUAUUGAUAAGCAGAUGGGUUUGAGUUUUUCUAAAGAAUCUUCACAUGACCUCCCUCUUCUAACCUGCCCCUUUUGCAAAAGCACUUUUUUCCUAAGGAACAGCGAUUGGAUCCUGUCAGACCCCCCGCUGGCAGCAAGGUGGUUUUAACGCAAGCCCCAGGAUCCUUCCUUGAGUCUCACCUCAAGGGUUCUGGGAGGCAGAAGCAUGGGGUGUGGAGACGGGUGGACUAGGGUGAAGCGUCUGGGCACCCGCCUGGCCCGAAUAUGGGCGGCUACCCGCCUUUCCGACCACUCAGGGCAGUAUCUACACUUACUGGGCCAGUGGCAGCAAGUGGUGAGCCUGGUUCUCGAAAUACGUUCUCGUGAUGUUGGCCUGGGCAAACCGUCGUGGGUAGGUAGUUUUUUACUGUUUACUCGAUACCCCACUGGUCCCAUGCCUCAUCCUGUCAUCCAUGUGCCAACACGGAAUUCCCAUGUCCCCUGACUUCCAUUCAGAAGUGUCCCCGGCAGGGGGGUGAGAGGCAGGGAGGGGAACCUGAAGCACUUGAGUAGUUAGGGAGGCCCACAGGUCAGCGCCACUGCAGGCCGACUUGGGAAGACCAGUGUCGAACUUGUGAGCUCGUUGUAAAGUCACAAAUACUAUUCCUUUCUUAGCAUGUCCCCUCAAACCCAGCUUUCCCCAUGUCCACACGCACAGGAUGCUGUUGUUAAAACUGUAGGGGUAAAGCAACAUGGUGCCUGUUGAGCUCUUUCCUGGGGAACCCCCCUCUUCGACAUUGUCCUUUCCAUAGGACGUGGAAAUGGGCUUCUGUAUUUCAAACCGUGAGAGGUCUCAUCCGGGCCCCCCCCCAGUAAGCCAGGGCUUGUGUUCCAAAGCCUGUUCCCACAGGAGCGGUCUGCCACUUUGCCCCCGAAGGCUGGAGAACGAAGAGUGCGAGAUAGCCCUGGCCGAACUCCGUCCUGGGGACUGACCCACCUACCGUUUGCAGAUAGGACCCUCUGGUGCUGACACUAAUUCUUCCUUACCCACUAGGAUGGGUUUUAGAAACUGCUACCAUGAAGUUUUUUUUCAAAUGGUAGUAAAAAUCCAGAAGUUCUAAAGUGCCUUUUAAUUCAUUGUUGUCCAUGAACUUGUACUCAAUAUGUAACAGUGUCUCAAAUUCUAUUUGUCUUUAAUGGGUGCCAUUUAAAAAAUGUCAAAUGCUGUAAUUUUUUUUUUUUUACCAUUUUUGUUUACUGUCAGUAUAUCUUUAUAAAUCACCCCUGUGGUGAUUAAAGUGCACUAAUAUUUCCCAGCUUCUUCUCAUUUGUGAAA